AUGUCACUAGACCAUAUGGGAGAUUUAGGAUAUAAUGACUUCCCAGUUUCAUUGAACUACAUAACUGCACUCCCAGAUGUUUCGUUAAUUCCAAAUCCUGACAUUGUUGUCAUUUUCAAGUCCUUAUCAAAAAAAGACCCAAAAACAAAAGAAAAAGCAUUACAGGAGUUACUUGGGGUUACUGACGUUGAAGAUAUGACUAUUAUCUCAUGGAUCCAAAUGUAUCCCAAGCUAGCAUUAGACAAUUCAAGAGUUGUUCGUCUGUUGUGUCAUCAGAUUCAAGAGCGGUUUCUAUCAAUAGUUGGAGGCAAAGCAUUUAGUAAAUACUUGAAAAGCUCAUUGCCUAUUUGGUUGAUGGGACUUUAUGAUACAGACAAAUCUGUGUCAUCCACAGCAUUCAAGACAUUAUCAAGUACAUUUGAUUCUGAAAAGUUAGAGAAGACAUGGAUGAUUUUCAAAGAACAGAUAAUCAAUUUGAUUGCUACGAUCAUUAAUAUUGAAACUGAGGAAACCUUGUCCGAUAAAAGAUACACCAACGAAUCUGAGAUGACUAUGAAAUACAACCGUGCAUUAAUUGGAGCAAUAAAUAUGUUGGCAAAGUAUCCCCUAGAGCAAGUGAAUGUGUUGAACUCUGAUCAAGUGUGGGAUCACAUGAGAACAGAUGAUUUAGCAUUACUUAGAACAUUAUUGUCGCUCAUUAUCAGCAUGCCAAAUGAGGCGAUGGAGUCAUUGUACAAGUUGAUUUCCAAAAAAUUCUUCAAGAUAAAGCUUAAAUCGAGUCAACCGAUUAUUUAUUCCAAUGUAAUUUUACAGUUUUGGCAAAGUAUUCUCAAGAUGACGAUGUUUGGCAUAGACCAUAAGUUAAAGAAGAAUUUCUGGGACUACGGUGGUAGUAAGGCAUCCUCCAAGUUUUACGAGUAUUUCAAAGUGGGUUCUUGUAAUCUGAGUGGGAAGUAUUAUGAGUUAGUUAAACAGGUUUUCAUCCAAUUAAAAGAAAUGAAUAUGGUUAUUGAUUUCACAAGCCAAGAAGAGUUUGAUUUUAUUAUAGGGGUUUUGAUCAAAGAAUCUCGUUUCAAAGCCGCUGCAUUGGAUUGUAUUUUCACCGUUAUUGAAUGUUUCCAAGUCAAUACUAAUUUCUCUACUAUUCUAACCAAGGUUUUACAAUUCAUGCCGCGAGAUAAUUCCGAAGUUCUCAAGGUAUUAUCUGACAACUACAAGGAGGAUAUGAAGGAUUGUUUUGUUAUAGAAAAACCGGACCAGGCGAUUAUGGGCAACUAUUUUAAAGUUUUGCGAUCUGUUGGAUUGACUGACGUACUUGAAGAUAUUGUCAGGCUGGCUGUUGAAGAAGCGUCAUUCGAUAUAAUUGCUUUGUACAUACAACAAGAAUCCCACCCUAUCCCUGAAGUGCAAGAGUUUUUGCUGGAGUUACCUUCAUAUCUCGAAGAGGACCAUAUUGAUCCAGUACUCAAUUUAUUCUUUACCGCUAAGCUGGCAGAAAUUCCAGUAAAUGACUUUUUCUUCAAGCUUUCAAUUGUCAAACCCGAUCUUGUUGAUUCCUUCUUACAAAAACUCGACCUAGCGGUUAAUAAACAAGAUCACCCUGAUAUUUAUUCGUAUCUAGUGGAAGUAUCGAAAAGAGGGGUCAAUGAAACUGUGAUAAGGCUUUGUAAAGAUAAGGAUAUUUUGCUGAACAUGGAUUUGACUGUGGAUAUCAUUAACAAGUAUAAUCUUUUAUCCACUAUCAUAGAUCAAGACAUAUCACUGGUGAUGCAAUCUGCGUGGAGUAGUUUGAAUCAGCAAUUUUUAUUCGAAUUGAAGCAGCACCAAGAUAAGUAUGUUACUUCCAUGAUGAGGUAUCUUAAAUCAACAACCACAGAAACAGAUUUACUGGACUUUUAUGAGUUUGUCAAAGAUGGACCAUUACCAAACUUUGAUGAAGAGCUUCAACGGUCAAUGGAACAAAUUGACAAAAGUACUGUGGCAGUUUCUAAUCCAUUAGCCCUGAUGGUAUAUUUGUGUCACUCCACGCCUGGUAGCAUCAACGAUUUUAUUCCGGUGAUUGGUAAUCUCUUAACCCAUGAAAGCAAUGUUUCCCAGUUGAUGUUGCUCGUCAGGGAAUACAUUGCGGAUUAUCUUUUAAUUAAAGAAAAUCCAUCGGAACCAGUGGUUGAUGUAUUGUCCAAGUUGGAAGGUAGGAUUGCUGUUCAUUUCAAUCAGUACACUUUUGCGGAGCUUAUUGACAGUGAGGGUCCAUUGCAAUCUUGUUUUGUUCUUGCUGAGGGUAAUGAUGUUCAAGCGUUUUACGCUGCCAGGAUAAUCAAACGAGCCCUUGAAAACUCUGUUGAACUGGAGUCAGUACUCGAUUAUGAAAUCAAAACCAGUCUUGUCAAGACACCUUUGAAGUUUGCUGGGAUCAUCAAUGGGGUGUUGAAAUUCAUUACCAAGUAUGAUCGUCUUAAAAACUACAUAUUCUCAGAGAUUUUGUCGGUUAAAAAGGAAGAACAAAUAAUGAGUGAUGGGUUGACUUGGGUAUCAUUAUGUUUGGCGUUUAUGCAAACUGGGGAAAGUAGUUUCCCCAUCCAUAAACUUACUAUGGUUUUCAACUUGAUGAACGAUUGGUUAGAUUCAACACUUGCAUAUGAUGACGAGUUUAUCGACAUGCGUGUUCAGUUGGUUAGAUUUUUGGGGUACAUCAAUCAAUCAGAUUUGCCUGAUGUUUAUUAUGAAUUGACAGAAAAGCUCAUUGAGAAUAACCUUGAAAUAAUCCAGCUCCAACCAGAGAGAUUGGAUUUGCUUUAUUACACUUUGAAAUUUAUAAAACAAGGGUUUGAUCAAGAGUUGUUGGAUAUUUUCUUGGAUUUUACUCCUAAGGAAAACCAGGCCAGUGUUUUGGUUCAAGAUACUUUGCAUCGUGCAUUGCAGAGACGUGAAGUCAAACCUAGAAAGGAACAGGUCAUGGAGAUUUUCAGCAAGUCUAAACUGGUUGAUACACAAAGAAUGUGUGCUUGGUAUUUGUUCAAGAUCAUUUUAGCUGACCAACUGGAUUUUGUCGUUGAGUAUCAAUUAUCUAAGGACGACAAACAAGCAGAAAUCUCUAGUGGUUUCAUGAACAUGAUCAACGACAAGAAUUUCGACAUAACCCGAUAUUUAUGGACAUGGUAUCUCAUUUUCCUGCAUUUUGAAGAUGUAACUUUGAAAAUCAAGAGUGAUUAUGUCAACCAAAUAUCACACGACCUUUUGAUUCUCCUUGAUUUUAUUUUUGAUUAUUUACAAUUUGAUGAGAAAUUUUUCAGCACUUUGAUUGUUGGAGAGGAGAACAUUAUUCCACAGUAUGAUUUGAUUGAAACAAGCAAGCUGGAACCAUUGGAUUAUGAGUUGAAGUACCUUGCGGUUAAUAUUUACUACAAGUGUGUGCAAUAUUGUGGAUCACAAGUACAACUUUGGUUUAAAGAAAUCAGAGACAAGCAGUUUAAGAACAAAGUUGAGAAGUUCACCAUUAACUAUGUAUCACCGAUAUUGAUAUCACAUGUCCUUGAUCAGGUAACAAAGGAAAAAGAUAGAAUCCAAGGUAGCGAUGAGAAUAUGAAAAUAAAAGUUAAUCUUGUUGCCAAAGAAAUUAGAUUGACUUAUUUAAUUGACGACCAAAAGAUGGAGAUGGUUGUACGAGUUCCAAGCAACUACCCGUUGGACAAUGUUACCGUGGAUGGACCACUUCGAUUGGGUGUGAAGGAAAAUCAAUGGAAAGCAUGGUUAUUGGCAUCUCGAAGAGUUAUCUCAUUUGGUUCAAUUGUGGAGGCAAUCGAGUUAUUCUGCAAGAAUGUUAAUUUACAUUUCUCUGGAUUUGAAGAUUGUGCAAUUUGUUAUUCUAUUCUUCACCAAGACACAUCUUUACCAUCCAAAACAUGUCCAACAUGUUCUAACAAAUUCCAUGCUGCAUGUCUUUAUAAAUGGUUCAAGAGUUCAGGAAGUGCAACUUGUCCACUUUGUCGUUCUGCAUUCAAUUUUAAGAAAUGA